AUAGAUAAGAUAAGCAGGGAAUUGUUAUCAGAUAACACGGAAUUGCGCAAUCUGUCGGAUUCUUGAUCUCCAGUCAGCAUCUCCUCCUCUCCCUACUCCUUUCUGCAAGCAACAAUCUAAGCUUGAUAGGAACCUUCAUUUUGAACUUCAUUUUCUCGAGGAACUUCAAUCGAUAUGGCUGCAGCACCUUCCAAUUUCCAUGUAAUUAGCUCGACGGAACAGUUCCAAUCGCUCCUUUCUCAGGAUCUUCAACGGGUCUCAUUGCUUAACUUCUGGGCAGCCUGGGCAGCACCAUGCGGCCAAAUGAACGAAGUUGUUCUGGAGCUUGCUAAGAAGUAUCCCCAAUUAUUAGUCCUCCAGAUUGAAGCCGAGGCUCAGUCCGACAUCUCGGAGUCGUUCAAUGUUGAAGCCGUUCCAACUUUCGUUGUACUGCAGGGUCAUACCCUCCUGGGUCAAGUGUCUGGCGCAGACGCACCAGGGCUCACUAAACUCAUCGCUGACAACAUCCAUGGGGUGUUGUCAGUGAAACCCCAGUCACAUACCGACCAAAAGCCCGCCCCACCGAGCUCAAUACCCAACGAAACGCCAGAGCAACUCAAUGAACGCCUACACAAACUUAUGAAUCAAGACAAAGUUGUCUUGUUCAUGAAAGGUAGCCCAGAUACACCGAGGUGUGGGUUUUCUCGUCGGAUCGUAGCUCUUCUCCGCGAUCAGGGCGUUCAGUUUUCGCAUUUCGAUAUCUUAAUGGAUGAAAACGUUCGCUCGGGUCUGAAAGUGCUCAACAAUUGGCCGACAUUCCCGCAGCUCAUUAUCAACGGAGAGUUCGUUGGAGGCUUGGAUGUUGUACACGAGAUGGCGGAGAAUGGAGAGCUGAAGGAGAUCUUGGGAUAAUCGACGGCGUCCAAGUUUUCUCUGCUCGUGGGUGUCUUGUGUAUCCGUAUUAAUGACUUUGAAUGUUGUAUUUUGUAGAUUUGCAGAGCAUAAACUCAACUUGGAUUUCAGACUCGCAAUGUAACCC